ACAACGAUAGUAGCUUCUCACACGUGCUCAUUCACCACGAGAGCAGAAACAGAAACAUGGCAUUCAGCUUUAACUUCGAUAUUCCAUUAGUGACUGAAGAAACAGAUGAUAAAGAAAAUAAAGGUGACAAAGCAAAAGAUGUGGAUCUGAAGUGCUCGAAGUCCAGUACAACUGUCCUAAAGAUGAAGGAUGCUGUCGAACACAAACCUUGCUUGAAUCCUCUCUCCAAAAUGGAAAAUUGGGUACCUGAAACCAUCACUAUAGGUUCCCUGCCUCCUCUACUCUGUCUUAAUGAAUCAGUGUUUGAGAAGACGUCCUGUGAAAGAGAGGACAGCGAGGAGAUUCUGGCCAAAACAUUGACACAAAACUCUGACCUCAUCUCUGGAGUCUACGAAGGUGGACUGAAAAUAUGGGAAUGUACUUACGAUCUCCUUCAGUACAUUGAUAAUGAAGGAGAGGUUUUUGCUGGGAAAAGGGUAUUAGACUUGGGCUGUGGAGCAGGUUUACUUGGCAUACUUGCGUUAAAGAGAGGAGCCAUCAGAGUCGACUUCCAAGAUUACAACAGCACUGUGAUAGAGCAGUUAACAAUACCAAAUGUGUUCCUCAACUGUGAAGAUGAUGAUGAUAAUGACGAUGAUGAGAAAAACAGCAGCCCACCGCCUAAGAGGAAAUCUUUAAAUUCGUCACAGGAAUUACUAGAUCAUUGUGGUUUCUUCUCGGGUGACUGGAACUCUUUUCUUGCACUUAUGCAAAAGAAAACCUCAGUGCCAAAGUAUGACAUUAUCUUCACCUCAGAAACAAUAUACAACACAGACUAUUACGCUUCUCUUCAUAGUGUGUUUAGUGAUCUGCUUGACAGGAAUGGAAAUGUUUAUUUAGCAACAAAGUCUCAUUAUUUUGGGGUAGGAGGUGGCCUUCAUAUGUUCGAGAACUUUGUGGAGCAGAAGAAUGUAUUUCAGAUCAAGUAUUUGAAGGAUGUGGAGGAAGGCCUGAAGAGACAUGUUGUAUCGCUGUCAUUCAAAAAGUGACAUAAGUGUCAAUGUGUCCACUAUUAUGGUGUGAAUAAAUAAGAUUGGACACCCA